UGUAUUAAAAAGUGCCUCUGUCUCGGCUUUAAAAUUUUAUAUCCCCCGCUAUAAAUUACAGUAUUCACCUCAUCCCCUUUAUAGCAUACCAACAAUGGAGAAAGCUAAAUGGAUUUUUUUGGCAUUCCUAGCCAUGCAGCUUCUUUCAUCUUUUUCCCAAGAACCUGAUACGUCGAGGUGGCUGAGCAUUGAUUGUGGUGCUGAUGGUUUACCCUUCGAUGACGACCUAAUCAUAUGGGAUACUGAUGACGGUUACAUUCAAAGCGGAUUAAAUGAACUAGUUCGUACAAAAACAUCUAGGAAUGAGCUCAACACCCUCCGGGCUUUCCCUGACAAAGCAGUAGAGCACUGCUACAAUGUGUCUGCUGUGACACAAACGAUCAGAUAUAUAAUCCGGCUAGGGUUCUAUUAUGGUAACUACGACGGUCUGUCUAAACCUCCAAGAUUUGAUCUCUUUAUUAACCAUGUAAAAUGGACAACAGUCGACACAUCCAUAAACAAUGGUCUGCCAUUUUAUGAAGAAAUCAUAUACCAAAACGAAAAAUCAGGGUCCUUCAAGAUUUGCUUAGUACAAAUCAAAGAUGGAGGGGUACCAUUGAUCAAUUCCAUUGAAACUAUGGUAGUAUUCGAUGAAUUGUAUCCAGAGAUGGAUACUAGUGCAACAUAUAGUCUUGUCACCAGGACCAACCUUGGGGGGCCAGAAGUAAGGUAUCACAUUGAUACUGAUGAGAUGUACAACCGAAUAUGGAGCAAGGAUGCUACGCCUUACACCAGGGUUACUGGUUUCCCAGAUUUUAACACAUACGAGAAUAACCCUCCUAUUACUAUAUUGGAAGAUGCCAUUGUAGCUAAUGGAUCUGACCCUAUCACCUUAAUCGUUAAUCUUCCACAAUCGACCCAACAAUCAGCUUACAUUGUUCUGUAUUUAACAAAUCUAGGUAACCCUUUCGAUUCUAACCAAACUACAACAUUGAAAUUUGAAAUCAACAGUCAGGAUCAAGGGACAGUGAAUUCAACAGGUAACGGAAAGACUACAGUAGUAGCCAAGUACCCUGUGACGGUAUCAGGCCCAACUAUUAAUAUAACAUUGUCACUUGCUGAUGAGUUCAGCUUGCCACCAAUGAUCUCUGCAAUGGAGGUGUUCACCAAAUGGGAUACUGGUCCUAGCAAAUCCACAGCAGCAGCAGAAUUUUUCUCCUUUGCAUAUUCACUGAUAUUACUUUGUAUGCUUGUAUUGGUGGUAUGAAGUGAGGAAAAAUAAUAGAUUGCCAUUUGCCACAACAUGCAGAAAAGGAACAGCAAUGUAACAUUUCGAAAACUUACUUGAUGUAGGCAGAUAUUAAUUUUAGAACAAUCCUGAUUGUUUUUCAGUUUC